CACCAACAUCAUCACCACCAUCAAACAAAGCUUAAAGAGUCAAAGCCCUCAAAGCCCAAGACCCUUCUUCUUUUCCACUUUCUCUCUCUAGAAAAAAAAAAUCAAACCAACCCUGUUCCUUUAUUUUCUCUCUCUAGACUGAUUUUUUGAUUAUUAUUAUUAUUAUUAAAUUUUGAUUAUUAAUUAUUAUUUAUUUUAAUCAAUUAUCUGAAUCUCUCUCUCCCAAUCCGAAAUUCAAUUGUUUUUCGAAGGUGCUUGUAGUUUCCAUCCAGCAAGUAUAAGGCGAACUGUUUUCAUUAAAUAAUUUAUGGUACGAGGGAGCAGUGAAAUUUGGGCUAGUUCAAAUUGGUUAUAUGGCUGAAGUUUAGCCUAUAUAGCUUCUUGUGGCUAGAUGUUGGGAGCAGUAUGCCGGUGAUAGUUUGGAGAAAUGCAAAGAUAUCAUGCUGCCAGCUGCACUGGUGCAGUUAAUAAUAAUGCAAUUGGAGGAGGAGCAUCAGUGAGGGAUACUCUCCGGGCUGAUCCAUCUUCAUUGCCAGCUAAUUUUCCUAUUAACUCCAGGCGGCCGUCUCAAGGCCCUCAAGGGCCUCAACUAACCCCGUACAAAUUGAAGUGUGAUAAAGAGCCCAUAAAUUCCCGACUUGGACCUCCUGACUUUCUUCCCCAGACUCCGACUUGCCCAGAGGAGACUCUUACUAAAGAUUAUGUGCAGCAUGGAUAUAGGGAGACAGUUGAAGGCCUUGAUGAAGCUAGAGAAAUCUCAUUGACUCAAGUUCAAACUUUUAGUAAGCCUGUUGUCUCAAAAUGUAGGGAGGCAAUCAAAAAAUGUCUGAGGGCCAUUAAUGAGUCUCGUGCUCAAAAGCGUAAGGCUGGUCAAGUCUAUGGCUUGCCACUUUCUGGGUCUUUAUUAACUAAGCCUGGGGUAUUUCCAGAGCUAAGGGCUUGUGGCGAAGACUUCAAGAAGAAAUGGAUCGAGGGUCUAUCACAACCGCACAAGCGACUGCGUUCUUUGGCUGACCAUGUGCCUCAUGGAUAUAGGAGGAAAUCCCUUUUUGAAGUUCUUAUCAGGAAUAAUGUCCCAUUGCUAAGAGCAACGUGGUUUAUCAAAGUAACUUAUCUUAAUCAGGUCCGUCCCAGUUCUGCUAGUAUUUCUUCCGGUACACCUGAUAAAUCUCAGUUGUCUCGCACAGAACUUUGGACGAAAGAUGUUAUUGAGUUCUUACAGUCACUCCUGGAUGAAUUUUUCUCCAGAAGUAAUUCCCAUUCUGCUCCGCACUCCAGAGAUAGACCAACUCAAAUGCUUUAUGCUGGAUCAGUACAGCACAGAAAUGAUUCAGCAACAUUCUCUGUUGACGGGGAGGAGCCUUCUUUACAUUUUAAGUGGUGGUAUGUUAUACGACUCUUACACUGGCACCAUUCUGAAGGGCUUCUACUUCCUUCUCUAAUCAUUGAUUGGGUUCUUAGUCAACUGCAGGAAAAGGACCUACUUGAGAUUUUUCAGUUGCUGUUGCCAAUCAUAUAUGGUGUAUUGGAUACUGUUCUUCUCUCUCAAACAUAUGUUCACACUCUUGCUGGAAUAGUAGUUCGUUAUAUCCGUGAACCAUCUCCAGGUGGGUCAGAUCUGGUAGAUAAUUCACGAAGGGCCUAUGCUACUUCUGCUCUUAUUGAGAUGCUGCGAUACUUGGUAUUGGCUGUUCCAGAUACAUUUGUUGCCUUGGAAUGCUUUCCUUUGCCUUCAAGUGUAAUGUCUUAUGCAGUAAAUGAUGGUGCUUUUGUAUCAAAGGCAUCUGAGGAGGCAAGAAAGACAAAAGAUAAUUCAGUUGGAAUGGUUGGUGUUUUCAGAAGUAAAGGACUUGAUGCUCAGUAUCAGACCAUUUCCUUUAAUCAAGUUGUUUCAUCCAUUCAGAAACGGGCAGAUAAUCUUUCAAAGGCUGCUUGUCCUGGUGCUCUGGUUCAUAAUGUGGCAAAAUCUGUACAAGCACUGGAUAAAGCUCUUUUUCAAGGAGACGUUAGUGAGGCUUACAGUUUUCUUUUUGAAUCUUUUUGUGAUGCAGCUGUUGAUGAAUGCUGGAUUGAAGAUGUUAGCCCUUGUCUAAGAUCAUCAUUGAAGUGGAUAGGAACUGUAAACAUGUCAUUUGUUUGUUCCAUAUUUUUCCUUUGUGAGUGGGCAACCUGUGAUUAUCGAAACUUUCGGACUAGCACGCCUCAUGAUUUAAAAUUCACAGGAAUAAAAGACUUUUCUCAGAUCUAUAUUGCUACUCGACUUAUGAAGUUGAAGAUCAGUGACUUGCAAAGUAAACCUAGACGGAAUAAUGAGAGGUCCUUUGGGAUCAAUAGUCUUGCCAAAGGUCCAAGUCAGCAUAAUUAUGUCAGCAGGCUUCCUGUAAGUAAUGGUUAUGAAUCCAAAGGUAAUUUAAAAAAUGUGAAUGGGAAAAUUAUUAAUUCCACGGAUGUAUUUGAGAGCCCAGGCCCUUUACAUGAUAUCAUAGUGUGCUGGAUCGAUCAACAUGAUGUUCAAAAGGGAGAAGGUUUGAAGCGUUUACAGCUUCUCAUAGUGGAACUCAUACGGUCUGGGAUUUUCUUUCCCCAAUCAUAUGUGAGGCAGCUGAUAGUUAGUGGAAUUAUGGAUACAAGUGGGCCUGGGGUUGAUUUAGACAGACGAAAGAGACAUUAUCAAAUUCUUAAACAGCUGCCUGGGCUCUUCAUUCAUGAUAUUUUGGAAGAAACAAGGGUUACCGAAGGAUCAGAACUUAUGGAGUCCAUACAUGUUUACUCAAAUGAACGCCGCCUUCUCAUACACGGCUUCCUUUAUGAACAAUCUCAAAAUUCAGUCAAAUCAAAUGUAUCAGGGCAAAAGCAAAAGCAAAAGAAAAAGCAUCAUCCGACUUCUGUAAAGGACGGGGCUUCCUCAACUUCCUUUGAUCAGUGGAAAAAUAUCCAAUUCCAGUCCAAAAAUAUGACUUCUAAAAGAGUCAAAGCCAACAUUGAAGAGUUGAAGGCUUCCAUCUCAGUGCUGUUGCAGAUUCCUAUCAUUGCUGCAUCUUUGGAUACAGGCUUGGAAGAAUCUCAGGGGAGUGUUAAGAGGGCAGCUGAGUCAAUAUCCAGCAAAGUGGAUGUAGUAGAGGGUACGCCUGGAUGUGAGGAUUGUAGAAAAGCGAAGAGACAAAAGUUGAGUGAUGAAAGGAGCUCUUUCUUUCCAGGUCAUUCUCCUAUGUCAGAUGAUGAAGAUACUUGGUGGGUUAGAAAGGGGACUAAAUCCUUAGAUGUCUCCAAAGUUGAUGUACCUUUGAAAACAUCUAAACAGGUCUCUAAGGGUAGACAAAAGGUUGUGCGUAAAACUCAAAGUCUCGCUCAGUUAGCAGCUGCUAGGAUUGAGGGUAGCCAGGGAGCUUCUACAAGUCAUGUGUGUGAUAAUAAGGUUGUCUGCCCUCACCAUAAACCUGGAAUCGAAGGGGAAGCCCUUCGGUCGGCAGAUGGCAUCAAAACACUACAACGUGGAGAUAUUGUUUCAAUUGCAAAAGCACUGAAACAGUUACGUUCUGUAGAGAAGCGGUCAAUUACUGUUUGGUUAGUAAGUGCUGUUAAACAGCUUGUUGAGGAGGCUGAAAGGACUGCUGCCAAGACCAGCCAGUUUACUAGACCUUAUGUUUCUACUGAUGAUAGAGGCUCCAUACGGUGGAAGCUUGGUGAGGAUGAGCUUUCUGCUAUAUUGUACUUGAUGGAUGUUUGUGAAGAUUUAAUUUCUGCAGCCAAGUUACUACUCUGGCUGUUUCCAAAGGUUUCCAGCAAUCACAAUUCUACAAUUCAUAGUGGGAGAAAUAUUCUGAUGCCGCAAAGAACUGUGGAAAACCAUGGAUGUGAAGUGGGAGAGGCAUUUUUGUUAUCAUGCCUCCGAAGGUACGAGACCACGCUUGCUGCAACAGAUCUUGUUCCUGAAGUCUUGACAGCUGCCAUUCAACGUGUUUUAGCACUACUCUCUUCUAAUGGAAGAAUUUCAGGUUCAGCAGCCUUAACUUAUUCCCGGUAUUUGUUAAAGAAAUAUGGGAAUGUUCCAAGUGUUGCAGAGUGGGAAAAGAAUUCAAAAGCAACGUAUGAUAAGAGACUUCUUUCCGAACUUGAACCCCGAUCAUUGGACGGAGAGUUUGGAUUUCCACUUGGAGUUCCUGCAGGAGUUGAAGAUCUUGAUGAUUUUCUCCGUCAAAAGAUAAGUGGUAACCGAAUAACGAGAGCAGGUAUGAACAUGAAAGAUCUAGUGCAAAGGCAGAUUGAGGAGGCUUUUCACUACUUCUUUGGUAAGGAGAGAAAGGUCUUGGGUGCUGGUGCACAAAAAAGUCUUGGAAUUGAAAAGUCUGAUGAUGGGUUCCAGAUAGCUCAACAGAUAACUAUGGGACUAAUGGAAUGCAUUCGACAGACCGGUGGUGCUGCUCAAGAAGGAGACCCCUCAUUGGUGUCUUCUGCUGUUGCUGCCAUAGUCAAUAAUGUUGGACCGACCAUUGCAAAAAUGCCUGAUUUCUCAGCGACCACAAAUCAUUCAAAUGCUUCAUCUUCACUCAACAUUGCUAGGCGUAUUUUGCGCAUCCACAUAAGCUGCUUAUGUUUACUUAAGGAAGCUUUUGGAGAGCGUCAGAGCCGGGUAUUUGAGAUAGCUCUUGCGGCAGAAGCAUCUUCUGCUCUUGCUAUAGCCUUUGCUCCAGUAAAAUCUUCUCGAAGCCAGUUUCAACUUUCUCCUGAAGACUCCAGUGUAAAUGUUUCAAAUGAAAUUGUGAACAAUUCUGCCAGAUCAGGAAGGGUUACAAAAAGUGCUGCUGCAAUCUCUGCUCUCAUUGUUGGGGCUGUUAUUCAUGGUGUUACAAGCUUGGAGAGGAUGGUUACUGUCUUCAAAUUAAAGGAAGGUUUGGAUGUGAUACAAUUUAUAAGAAGCACAAAAUCUACUUCAAAUGGUAAUGCCCGUUCAAUUCCAGCUUUUAAGGUGGAUAAUUCUAUUGAAGUUUAUGUGCAUUGGUUUAGAUUGCUUGUUGGAAAUUGCAGAACCGUAUCUGAUGGUUUAGUUGUGGAACUUUUGGGUGAUCCAUCUGUUGUUGCUCUUUCAAGGAUGCAGCGGAUGCUCCCUCUUAGCUUGGUCUUUCCACCUGCCUAUGCUAUAUUCGCCUUUGUUAUAUGGAGACCCAUUAUUCUUAGCAAAGACCUUGCAAACCGUGAAGACAUUAAUUUAAUGUAUCAGUCUUUGACAAUGGCCAUUGGUGAUGCCAUUAAGCACCUGCCUUUUCGUGACGUGUGUCUGAGGGACAGUCAAGGAUUUUAUGAUCUUGUAGCUGCAGAUGUUAGUGAUGCUGAUGUUGCUUCCAUGUUAAAUGCUUUGGACAUGCACACUAAGUCUGCAGUAUUUGUUCCUCUUCGUGGAAGGCUUUUUUUGAAUGCCGUCAUUGAUUGUAGAAUGCCAGUGUCUUUGUCCACUCAGGAUGAUAGCAAUCGAGUGUCUGGACUUGGUGGCUCUAAAGUUCAACAUGCAGAUAAUGAGUCGAAGCUUCUUGAUAAGCUUGUGAAUGUGCUGGACACUCUGCAGCCUGCAAAAUUUCAUUGGCAAUGGGUUGAACUCCGGUUGCUUUUGAAUGAACAAGCUCUUGUUGAAAAACUUGAGACCUAUGAUAUGUCCCUAGCAGAUGCUCUCCGUUCUCUGUCACCUGGCCCUGAAAAAGCUGCUGUUUCUGAAAAUGAGAAUAAUUUUAUUGUGAUCAUCCUCACAAGGUUGUUGGUCAGACCAGAUGCUGCACCGCUUUUCUCAGAACUGGUUCAUCUUUUUGGGAGGUCACUGGAAGAUUCUAUGUUAUUGCAGGCUAAGUGGUUCCUGGGAGGACAGGAUGUUCUUUUUGGACGGAAAACUAUUAGACAGCGUCUUACUAAUAUUGCAGAGAGUAAAAAUCUUUCAACCAAGAGACAGUUUUGGAAGCCAUGGGGCUGGUGUAGGUCAGGCGUUGAUCCUCUGACAAACAGAGGAGACAGGAAGAAGUUUGAGGUCACCUCCCUUGAAGAAGGGGAGGUUGUUGAAGAUGGUACAGAAACUAAAAAGUCUGGUAAAAGCUCCACCCAAAUGUUUGAAUCUGAAGGAUUCAAUGUCAGCCGGCAGUACAUGACUGAAAGAGCUCUAAUUGAACUAGUCCUUCCCUGCAUUGAUCAAGGUUCUGAUGAAUCACGCUAUACAUUUGCUAGUGAUCUGAUCAAGCAGCUAAAUAACAUUGAGCAGCUGAUAAAUGCGGCUGCUCGUGGUUCAAGUAAGCAGACAGGAUCAGCCUCUUCUGGACUGGAAGGUCCUGUGAGUAAGAGUAAUAAUCGCAAAGGUAUGAGAGGUGGCAGUCCGGGAAUGAUUAGACGGACUCCAGUUGCUGCAGAUUCUUCUCUGCCAUCCCCGGCUGCCCUGCGAGCCUCCAUGUCUCUGCGGUUGCAAUUAUUGCUGAGAUUGCUUCCUAUUAUUUUCACAGAUGGGGAACCAUCUGGCAGGAAUAUGAGGCUUAUGCUUGCCGUUGUAAUACUUCGUCUCCUUGGUAACCGGGUUGUGCAUGAGGAUGCUGACUUAGCCUUCUCUCCCAUGCAAAGCUCUCAAUCCAAGGCGGAAGUUGAGUUACCAUUGGAAGCGGCUUCUAUGGACUUGCCUGGUGAAAGUCUAUUUGAUCGACUACUGUUGGUUCUUCACGGAUUGCUAAGUAAUAGCCAGCCAAGCUGGUUGAAGUCAAGGUCUGCCUCCAAGUUGAUGAAUGAAUUUUCCAAGGAUACUGUGGGGAUUGAUCGUGAUGUGGUGGAGAGUUUACAGAAUGACUUAGAUCGUAUGCAGCUGCCCGGCUCAAUUCGGUGGCGUAUUCAAGCUGCAAUGCCAGUUGUUCUUCCUUCCGUGCGAUGGUCUAUCUCUUGCCAGCUACCAUCUGUUUCUACGUCUGCUGUUGCUUCACUUCAACCUAGUGUCACAAUUUCUGGAUUAAAUACUGGAAGUCAACCACAGAAAAAUCCGCUUCCUUUAGCACGAACAACAAACACGCCAGGGAAGAAGCCAUUGCCACUGCAACAACAGGAUAAUGAUAUGGAAAUCGACCCGUGGUUACUUUUGGAAGAUGGUACGGGAUCCGGCCCAUCAUCAAGUAACACAGCUGUCAUAAAUAGUGGCGAUCAUGCUAAUCUUCGAGCCUCCAGCUUGCUUAAAGGGUCCGUAAGGGUCAGACGGACAGACCUCACAUACAUCGGUUCUAUGGAUGAUGACAGCUGAAAUUUUAACUUCAAUUCUUGAUUACAUCUGAAUCGAGCAAUCCCCUCGACAGGGAAUACAAUUUUUUGUUGAUCGCCGAUGAUCAGCAACAAGUUUCCGCAUUGUUCUCGCGUUUCCGCUUUUAAGGCAAAGGAAUCUGCUGAGCUGAGGGGUGCAUUUUUUGGGGGAGACGCCCGCAGGCAGUACUGGUUAAGGUACUGAAACAAACCUACACAGCCUGCCCCGCCCAGAUCUCGGGGGCCGAAUUGACUACUAACCUUUUGAUGAUUGAUCACUCCCCAUUGAACUGCAUGCCCUAGGUGGGGUGCAGUUGGAGGGCUUCUGUAUAUAUAGAAUGAAUCUUUUUACACUUGACCGAUUCAUGAGGGUAAAAAUCUGAAGAAUUAUUUGUAGCAGUUUCAUGUGCAUCAAUCUAUUGUUCCAUCAUCC